AUCUAUGCUUAUGAGCAGCCAUGUUUAACUGCUCUAAUACACUUUGCAUAGCCUAAACGUGGUGUGUGUAUAAAGUUUUCGUGUAAUUUAGGUAAAUUAUUUAGAUAAAAUAUUAUUUGCAAAUAUUUGCCCAUUUUCCAGUAAAUUUGUAUUAUUUUUCAGAGUUUAAGUGAAAUUUGUCAAAAUUCCGGUCCCUACAAGAAAACGAGACGGCGCGUUUCCCGGCAGAAACGAAGAGAGCAGAAUGAAUAAACGUAAAAAUCGUACAAAUUCUGUCAGAUCCCCACGAAACCGAGGUCCGGAAAAAACAGUAGCUGCAGAAGGCAUCUAUCAGAAUGCACAUUUCAUGCAUGCAAUAACAAGUCAAGUUGGAAACACAGUACAGGUUUUGACGGCAAAUGGCUCGUUAUAUGAAGGCGUGCUCCGUACAUUUUCUAGCAAAUUUGAAGUAGUGCUCGAAAUGGCACAUCGUGUUGACCAAAGAAAUCCUGGACAAAUAAAUGUAAACACUGUUAUUGAAAAGAUGAUUUUUCAACCUGAAUAUAUUAUUAGUAUAGAAGCUCGUAAUAUUGAUCUUGAUGAUGCAUUAAGAGAUACAUUCCAAACAGAUAUGGCAAUAAGCUCUAAAUUUAAUAAUGGACAAAGUAUGGAGCGAGAAUUAGAACCUUGGGAUGAAGCUGGUUGUAAUGGAGAUGAGUGUGAUUUGGAUGCUAAUAGUACGAAUGGCUGGGAUGUGAAUGAAAUGUUCCGGAAAAAUGAAGUUGUAUAUGGAGUGCAGUCAUCAUUCCAGCCGUCCCUGGAAGGUUACACGUUACAGUUGCAAAAAGAAGAUACAAAAGAUUAUAAGGAUGCAGAAGCUAAAGCUGCCAAAAUAGCAAGUGAGAUCGAAAGUAACCCCACUUACAAAGCUCGAAUGGAGUUGGAAGACGGUGAUGAGGAGGAACGUUUUGCAGCAGUAGUGCGCCCCUCUCACCUGCCAGUUAGUCAGGCAGCAACGAGCAGUGACUCAGUUAAGUACGUUCCACCUCCCAAAAGAAAGACUGCCCAAUCGUCAGGCAGACUCGUGCAAUCGUCUUCACCCCCGCGAUCUUCGACUCCGCCUUCGUCUUUAGCUGCGACACAGCAGAAGAGCUCCCCGCCGGUAGUGAAGAGUUACAGCAGCACCGUGAGCAGCUCCAGUUAUCACCACACUUCCGCGUUUGCCCUGCCUCCGCCACAGAUGUCUCCAUCGCAGGCAGCCUCUGCUCCUGUAAGACAGGUGGAUGUGGCUCAUGUCAGCCACCCACCUCAGACACCACCCUGCCCCCCGCAGCCUUCACAGCAUGUACAGCUGGAGCCUAAUGUCAAUGGGACAGAACAUCCUCAGUUGAGAUCUGGACCAUGUGAAUACCCACCACUCCCUCAAAUCUAUGGUGGGGAUCCAUCACAAGGAUCUCAAGUAUUAACUACUCAACAGAUGCAUCCGGUUCAAGCACCAAUUUUGAUGCAUCACGUUCAGACCCCACAACCAGCCGUUAUCCAGCAGACACCAAACCAGGUGCAACAUCAACACCAGUCGCUUCCGGCUUCUCAUAUGCAUUCACUUAGCAUGCCCAUAUCACUAUCACCACAGUCACAACAGCAUCAUCAUUCUGGGCAGUUAACUGCUGUUCCCCAACAGGGACAAGUGGGUCAGCAACAGCCACCACCGUUCUCUCAACAGACUUCAAGUCAGCAACCUCACCAACCCCAUUUCAACCAACAUCAUCAGUAUCCUUACCAGCAAGCACUUUCAAGUCAACAGUCAUAUCCUACACAGUCAAACCAACAAACGUAUCCCAUGCAGCAACCACAUGCCAACCAAGUUCCACGUCCUGUACAAGGACACCCUAAUCAGCAUUCUCACCCCUUGCUGACACAUGCAAAUCAACAGCAACGCUUGCCCCAGCAAGCACCAUACCCAUCGCAACAGGGUCACCCUUCGCAGCAACCCCACCCGUCGCAGCAGCAGCAACCCCACCCGUCGCAGCAGCAGCAACCCCACCCGUCGCAGCAGCAGCAACCCCACCCGUCACAGCAGCCCCAUCCAUCGCAGCAGCCCCACCUGUCACAUCAGCCCCACCCAUCGCACCCAUCGCAGCAGCCCCACACUUCGCAGCAACCCCACCCUUCGCAUCAGUCUCACCCGUCGCAGCAGCCCCACAUGAAACAACCACCCCAGGUCCCUCAGCAGAUGCACCCUGUUCUCCCCGGACAGCCGGCCUUAGUCUCUCCACAGACACAUUCCAAAAGUCAACCACACAUCACCCAGCUGCCUUCUUCACUUACUCAGGCCGUGCAUCCAUCUAAACAUAUGUACUCAAAUCAGCAACACCACAGCCAGCCUCAGCAGUCGUAUUCUCAAGCACAUCUUCCACAACAGCCUUUUGCUCCUCAAGCAGCCUUGCAUGGGGCCAACUCUUCUCAGUCAACUCUUCCUUCCCAGGCAUCACCACGAAGUGAUCAGCCACAGACUCAAUCAUCACCUCAAGUGCAACAGUCAGUCCCGGCACAUUCUCAGCCCCAGUCGGUACACCCAGCACCGCUCGUUGAUGCUCACUCAAAUCAGUCUACCGUUGGGAGGUCAGAAAAGCCGGUUGUCCACCAGGUUUCCCCCCCUGCUGGUCUCCCAGUACCAUUCCCAGCGAGUUUACCACGUGGAAUGUCUACUGAGGUAAUGGGAGCUCCAGUCUCGACGGCUGUGCAGGCAUCUGUGCCGGUACGCAUGAAGCCUUCCCAGCCAUCGUCGGAUAUAGCAACGAAAACUUUAGAACCCCACAACGAUGCAACAUCAAGGAAGACAUCAGACCAAAGAGGCCGCGAGGAAGGAAUUUUAGACAUGAAAAAAUUUGGGCAAGACUUCAAACUGUCAGAGCCAGAAUGUGAACCUACAAAGUUGCAGCUGCAAACUCAACCUGAAGAAGGCAAUAGUGUGCAGCCUGAACCUGUUGAAAAAGUAACAACGGCAUUGAAGAAAUCCACUUUAAAUCCAAAUGCCAAAGAGUUUGUCUACAAUCCAAAUACGAAACCAUUUACACCGCGCUCUCCAAACACUCCGACACCUUCCAGACCCCAUACACCUCAGACUCCGCAGUACACACCAGCCCCUGGAAUGCCGACCAUGGUGAUGCCAGCUUAUGUGGUUACAAGCCAGCCUGCAUUCAAUCCUGCUAAUCAGGGAAACAGGUUUCGAAAAGUUCAGGUGACACAAGUUUCUCACCGACCAGACUUUGCAUCACAAAUGCAAGUUGCUGCUGCAACUGGUCAACCCUUGCUUGCUCCAGCCCCUAUUCAUACAUCGUUCACAUUGCCAUAUAAUGCACAGGGGCCGAUUGCUGCACAGCCAUACCACCAGAUGGUGCGAAUGGUACCACAGGCUGGAGGCGGAAUGCUGCCUCUUCCGGCAUCCAUGAGCUACCACCACGAGUCCCCGGGCCCACAGCCAGCUCCCAGUCAUCAAAUGCAGUUUAUGUCUCCUCCAGCGGUCGCACAGCAUCAUUCCCAUGCUCCUCCCCCAAACAUAACUCAGUGUCAGAAUCCGCCCGCUGGUUCGGGCCCCUCCUCCGGUCAGAGUAACAUUGCCAACCCCCCGGCACCAUCGCACACCCCCGUUGCCACGAGCGGAGCAACUGGGACUUAUCACCACCAUCACCACCACCAUCACCAUUCACACCAUCCACAGUCACCAGUCACUGCCAACUACCAACAACCCCCACCUCAAGGUCACCCAUCCAACCCUGCCCACACUUUCCCACUGAUGUGUCCAAUACUCCAGACUCAACAGAUGCCCACAGCACAGCAUCCACAUCAUAUGUUAUCACAGAAUAACAUUCAGCAGUACAUCCAUCAACAAGGGGUUAUGCCAGUUGGUAACACUCAACAACAUCAUAUACAAGUCCUUCUUCAAAAUCAGCAAUGAUGUGGAGGACAUUUUAGUAUAAAAUUAGUAAAUGAAUAAAUAAUUUCCAUUGUGGUGUCAGAACAAGUAAAGACUUUUUUUUUUUUUUUUUUUUUUUUGAAGAUACAGCAAACAAGAUUAUAUUUGGACUCAAGAUUGAAAACAAUGCAAAUGGUUUCGUCAAAUAAACCUGUUCUAUUAAAAGUCUUAUUAAAUGCUUAAAGCAUAAAUAUGCAAGUGCUCCAGUGUGAUUUUAUGUUAAUAUGUAAAUUGUAUCACUUGUAUAAAGACUAAAAAUACUUUUAUUUUGUAACAUAAAUUACUGGUUAUACUGAAUGUUGCACAUAUUUCAGAUCAUAAAUUUUUAAGUUAUGGCAUUUUAUAAGAUAGUUAAACAACCAUUUAAAAUGGCUGUAACCAUUUCAACGAAAUUGUCUCAGCCAACUGGAGGUUGCUCUUGAGCAAUAAAAACAUGCUGGUGCUUUUCAGCAGUAUAAGAUGAGCAAUAAAAGGAAUAGUUGAUAUAUAGAUGGGAACACUCUUUCGGGAUAUUGUUUUUUUUUUUUCUUGUCUGGUGUAUUCCGAGUUCAGGAUUGUGUUCAGAUAAUAAUCCAAGCAGGAGUUUUGUAUGAUGGGUAUGCAAUUUUUAAAUUUUGUUAGUUUGUGUGUAUUAAUUCAGUGGUUGGUUACUGGUAUCAUUCACUGGUUUUUAAAGUACACUGAACUUUAGGUGUUAUUUUUUUUUUUUUCCAUAAAAGAAGUUUUUAUUCUCUAAAUACACAGGUUAGGAAUAAAUCUUUAUUGCUCUAAUGAUGCAUUUUAAGACAUCAAAGUUCACAAUUGUACAAGUAAAGAAUAAACGAUCAAAGGAAGUUGAAAAGUUAUGUCUUUGUAAGAGUAUUUGUUGUACUACUUAUACUAAAUAUUUUCUUGUAAAUAUUGAAGGCAACCUAUUUUAGACACUUUCAGAAAAUUAUGUUUUGGGUUAAGUGAAAACACAUUAUGGGCUGCAGUUAAUACAAUUUUAACUUAGAAAACAUAUUGGCACAGGCCUACUUUUUUUUAAAAUGUAAAGUUGCCCAGAAUGGUUUAUGACCGCUUCUUUAGCAUAUUGUUAACCAAAAACAUGUGUUGCAUAUUUUCAACUUGCAAAAUUUUCUUAAACAUUUAGUUCUUGGGAAUUUUACAUUUCCACUUUUCAGAAUCUAGAAUUAAGGUGCAUUGACUUUGUCACACAAGUACAGCGUGUGGCCAAAAUUAAUUGUAUAUCAACCAAAAUGUAAGUACUGUGUACUGUUUGGUGUUCAAAGUGCUGUUUAAAAUCAGGCUGGAGUACUAUUGGAUACCAUAAUUUUUUUUCUUUUUCACUAAUUUUUUAUUACACCUUAGUUUUAUUUUCAUCAGUGGUAUAUAAGAAGUGUAAAUCAGCAGCAGUACUAGGCAUUCCAAAUGAUAAUGGUCAGCACCCAUUUAAAGCAAUUAUACUUAACCUAAUGUAAAUAAUAGAGAAUUGUUUUUUCAAUUGUUACAACGUUUAAAAAAAGAACUAUUUUAGUGCUGAAAUGCUGAAAAGUAUGGAUUAAAUAUAGAUAUAACCAGUCAUUUUAGAAAACUGUGGAUAUUAAUAUAUAUAUAUAUAUAUAUAUUAAAUAGAUAGCCAUUUAUUUAUUUAUAAAUUGCUGCAGUGGUAUAUAAACAUUUUGUUUCAUUGAGUUGUAUUCAUUAUUUCAUGUUUGUGUUUCAUACUUAUGCUGUGUGGUUUAAAAUUGUUCAAAUUCUUUUUAGUUAAAAAUAGAAUUAUGCUAAUUGUGUUUUGAAAAUUCAUGGUAGUCAAGGGUGUAAACCAUAACCAUUUAGAAAUGCUUCUUAUAGCUGAGAUGGAAUUUUUAAUAUGUUGCUGGCUUCCUUUUGAAGUAGUUAAUUCACCAAUACCAAUCCUUGAAACAGUGAAAUUAACAUAGUUUUGCAAGUCAUUAUUUUGAAAUUUAAAUUUGUUUCGAACAAGUGAUGUGAUUUUUUUAUUUCAUAGAGGAACAACUGAUUAUUCCUAGUAUCUCUCUGCUUGUUACAUAAUUUUUAGUUACUAUUUGCAAAUACUUUAAUGACAGGCAAAAAAAUAUUUAGAUACAUAUUAUAAGCUGCACAAAAUCUUGAGUUGAGCAGUUGUUUAUAUUUGAUGGUUUAUAGCAACAAUUAUUUGUUUUGGAUGUUUUCUGUUUGUGUACGAGAAUAUUUGCAAUUUGUUCUGCCUAUAGUCAAAUUUUGUUGUUCUCCUGAUUGAAAAAUUGUCUUGUUAUUGUUCUAGUUUUUCUGUAAUGUAGGUCAUUUAAAGUACAAAUAUUGAAUUUAUCCUAUUAGAUGAGGAACAAACAAAUAAUAUUGUAGGGAAAGAAUAAAUUUAAGAGGUGUUCAGACAGUAUUCCAGGUCCUUGUGAAGCAAAGGCACAGUUUUCAGAAAAGGAUAUGUGUGCACUAUUAACAUGUUCUUGUUUACUAGCUUAGCAUAUCUAGCUAGCUGUUAGGACAUUGUUCUUUCAAACAAAUUACCUUUUUUUUUUUUUCAUUUCUCUGGGUUUACUAUUAAUACACUUAGUCUUUCAAUGUGCUAAUGAACAUGUUCAUGCUGUCCUGCUGAAAAUUUUAUUUUCACUUUUAAUGUUUUGAAAAUCAAAUGCGGUUAUCAGCAAUUGAUUUCGUAGUACCUAUCAGAAAUUACAUGUAGGAUGUUAAUAGUUUGCUUUUCAUUAAGAAAGUAUAUUAGUUAAUUUCAACACAUUGAUGUACUUCAGUUGCAGUGGGGUGCAUACCAUAUUAUUUGGAGUAUAAGACAAAAAGUUUUAUGCAAGUUUGAUGAGCUUAAAAAAAGCUGCUACUGGUCUUAUAAGAUAGCAAGAUAGGUCUUUUAUGUUAUGUACUUAAGUCAUUUUUACAUGUAGUCCUUGCAUCCUGUAAGACUUAUGCUGCUGUUGCACUGAGUAACGCGUACAAAUGAGGUAGUAAAAGGCUUAGUAAACAGCUAUUUUUACAAUGACUUGGCUGAGUCUGUUUUUUACCCUUGUAUGCACAAUGUAACAGCCCCAGAGGUGUCAGGGUGUUAAGUGUUGUGUAUCUGUCACUCUUUACUUUAUACGGUGUCUUUUUUCUACAGAACAUUUGUACUUGUCCCAGGAAGUGACAUUAGAAGGCUGUCCGUAUUGGAAGUGAAUUAUGUAGGUAUGAAAGUAGAGUAGACACCUUAUUAUCUGGGGUAAUGACUAGCAAGGGGUCCACGGAUAACUGAAAAACAUUGUUAAAGCAAUGUCAAAUAAAAAACUAUAGUUAAAAAAAUUAAUCCAGACUAUCUAGACAAACACUCUAUAAGGUUGUACGUAAUAGAUACUAAAGUGUUCGACUUAGUUUACAGAGAAAGAAUUUGCAGUACAUAUCACUAAAACAAAGCCGUAUUUUACGUCUAGCGGGUCAAUAAUUUUUUAAUGUCAAGUACCACUCAUUUUCGUUUAUUAUUGAACGUUACUGUCUACAUAUUAUGACAGAAAAAAAACACCACGUUGCGACUGCUGCCUUGAAACUACGCAGGCCAGUUAUCGCUCACGUGAGUCACAAAACAGGUACGCCGUGCCAGCGCCAACCUAAGCACACGUGACACGUGGAACACAAGCGCGUGCCGUAUACUGAGGUGCAUAUAUAAUUUGCUGUAGCAGUUUCGAAGUUCGUGAUGCAUACCAACAGGUACCAACUAUAUAUGCACAAUGUUUGGCAGCAUUUUGCAUCUUGAAUAACAGCAUAAAAUGCUUUGUCACAUCAAUAUAUCACAAAAGAUAAAUAGCCCAAAAAAAAAAAUUUUUUAUGGUUCAUGGAAGUUAAAUUGGCACGGUUAACCCGCAAACCGAAUAACCUGCACCCAGAUAAUCAGGAGUCUACUCUCAACUAUGUACGUACUUCCAAGUAAAGAAAUGUCACUAUUUUGAAAAGUAUUUUUUUUGUUUAAAUUUUGGUUGAGCAAAAUAAUUUUCACAAUAUUUUACCAGGAUUAAAUUAUUAAAUGGUUAAAUGGAUAAUUUAUCAUGUUUUUAAGAAAAUUUCGAUAAAUACAUGGACCUAUACCGAUUGUAACUUACGAACAAAGGUAAAAAACUUAGAUUGCCAUAAAUUUAUUAUUUGUAAUGUAAUGAAUUGUAAAAGUUUACUAUUAUCAGAUAAAAAAAAAAAUUUCUGGGACUAAAUUUACUUAUUAAAAAUUCAUGAAUGUUAACAUGUUUAGCUGGCUAAUACCAUUAGAGAGGCCAAAAAUUAUAUCCAACUGAACUGAUUAAGUAUGCCUCAAGGGCAAGUGAAGUAUGCACGGUCGCAAAGUACUUAGAUGUGCACUUGAAUUUGGACAUGGCCUUGGAUUUUUAUCUGAGAGUGAGCGAGACAAAAGCAGUCUUUUUUAUAGCUUCUCUACUUUACAUAAUUUUGUAGUAAAAUGGUGCAAAACCAUGUUUAAAUGGCAUGUUAAUAAGUAAUUUAGUUGUACUUCCAUGCCCAAGACCAAGGGGUACAAACAUGAUUUCCUAUUUUCAUUAAUGAAAAGCUACAGUAUUUUCAGGUAUUAAAUUUUAUUUAUGUGAUUGUCUGAAACACUUGACAUAAAUCACCUAUGUUGUAAUAUUAAAGAAAAAAAAAUUCAGUGUGUUUGGAAUUAGAACAACUUAUCCUGCAGGAAAAAAAUUGUAUUAUUGUUUUAAUGUAUAGCAUAGAUGAUGUGUUCGUUCUUUGCAAAUUGAUAAAACCAUAUAAUGUUGAAUCAGCAUGUAAUAUAUUUGCCUAUGGUACUUGUGGACUUGGAAAAGUAAUAAAAAAAAGUCCGAAGGUUGGGGCACACCACAGAAUCAAAGCCAAAGUAAAUAGCCAAGCAGUGAGAGUUAAAUUUCUAUUUUGAGCCUGUCUGGCAUUUUAAGAGCUCUAUGCUUAAUCAUUUUUCACUUUUUAUAAGUCAAUUUUUUGAAUGUUUGACAUUAUAUUCAUAGCUUAUCUAGAUAUAAGCUUAUUAUUUUAAGGGGAGAUCUUACUGAUUAGCAUUAAAAGUAAAACAUUUUUGUAAUUUUUUUUUGCUUGAAUAGAUUAAUUAUAUUUUUAGUUUUCUUGUAGCCUACUGCAAGUAAUAGAACAAUUAAUUUAAAAUUUAACUUAAAGAAAGCAUUUGUGCUAAUACAUAUGCCCUGAUAAAUUGUGCCUGGUGCUAUUUCAUUUUAAUACUUAUUAGAGUAUACAGUUAAACCUCAUUAUUACAAACCUGAAGGGACCAUAAUUUUAGCACUUUGUAAUAACGAGGGUUUGUAUUAACCAAACUAUUGGGAUAUCAUGACAAAAAAAAUUGAUUGAACUUUAAAUGCCUAUAUUUACAACCAUAAAGAAAAUUAUAUACACUGUUGGUAGUAUAAGCUGGCUUCACUACAUGCAUAAAAAUUUGUAAACACUGAAGAAAACAAACACAAUGCAACCCUUACAGAAUAAAUCAUAAUACAAACUUCAAUAAACUUGCAUUCAUGACACAUUUUCUAUUCAAACAUUUGGUUUAAAAAAAGCAUCAAUUCUGGUUUGCACUAAUUUUUUCUUAUAGGCAUUGUUUACCACAUUACAAAGCUUAUCAAAGGCCAGAAGUGUUUCAGUGCCAACAUCAUCAACAUUUGAGAGAACAUUUUCCAAUAUGGCUAAAGCACUGUUGGCGUCCUUUCUACUUGGUAAGGAUGAACACACUUCAUCAUCUUCAUUGUCCUCACCUUCAAUUUCUCCAACACUUGCCUGCACAGCACAAGACUGAGCCUUGUUGAGACACAUCAGCUCAUCAUCCACUGGUGCUGCACUUGUUGCCACAUUGUCAUCAACUUGCACAGAUUCACUAAAUUGCUCCUGAAAUUGAAGAUGAUUCUCAAGUAGGUCCCAUUCUUCCACACUGAAAUCCUCUCUCUCUUCUUCCUGAGCCACUGGCACCAAUACCAGCUUUCCUGAAGCAAUUUUAAAUGGUGACAGGUGUAACUGCAUCCCAUGCCAUUACAACAUUUUUCAUAGCAUCCAAAACAUUCCACUUCAAGUUUGCCUCAUUUUUUAACUCAAUCUGACGAAUCAAGUACGAAGUGAGACGAGUCCUUUAGUUUUUCUUAACGUUUUGGAUAAUACCCUGAUCCAAAGGUUGGAGGAAACUUGUUGUGUUGGCUGGGAGGUACAUCAAUGUCACAUGGGACAGCUCAAGUCCUGCAGAAGAGUGAGCGAGCGGCACACCUGUCUAACAGCAGUAAAAAUUUUCCUGUUUUUACAAGCCAUUCGUCUUUCGAGUUUGAUUAACCAUUUCUGGAAAAUUGAGAUGGUCACCCAAACAACUAAGUUGGCUUCAUAAUCACAUGGGAGAUUGCUGAUAUUCUUGAAACAUCUUGGUUUUUGGAAUUUUCCAACAACAAGGGGAGAAAGUUUAGUUUUGCCACUUUGGUUACAGCACAGCAAAACAAUUAUACGUUCUUUGCUGUGUUUCCCUCCAUGGCACUUUUCACCCUUUACAGCCAAAGUCUUGUUUGGUAACAAGUUAUAGAAAACACCUGUCUCAUCCAUGUUGUAAAUAUCAUCUUGAUCGUACUGAUCAAGUAUUGGUUGAGCAGUCUGUAUCCAAUCUUUAACUUCGGUCGUAUCUACUGCUGCCGACUCCCCACACAUAGUUUUGCCAACAAUAUUGUUGCGAUCCUUAAACCGUUGUAGCCAACCAUUGCUGAACUUGAAGUCUGAAAUUCCUAACCUCAAUGCUAGAUAGUCUGCCUUCUUCUGAAUCAUAGUUCCAGAAAUUGGCAAGUAUGCUGCACACAUUUCUUCAAACCACUGCAACAAGGUAGCUUCCAUUUCUUGAUUUUUUGGGCCUCGCAUUAUUUUUCUUGUUGAUAAUCUGCACGAACUCGCAAAAGCCGAUUCAAUCUUUUCACGAUUUUUUAGUAUUGUCGACAAUGACGAUUGCGGGAUGUUAAAUUCUCUCGCAAUUUCAGUUUUCGUUCUCUCUCCAUUGUCUACUUCUUCAAUUAUUUUAACUUUAACUUGCAAUGUAAAGUCGUUUUGUUUACGUUUCGCAGUCAUAUUACAAAACAACGCUCACUCAAAAUUGAGGUUAAGACACACAUGCGUGAACAAUGGAAAAUAUCAGAACGUUUUUCCAUAGAUUUUUUUAACUUCUACGUAUGUACACUUCCGACGAUUAAUAUUAAUAAGGUAUAGAGUACUUUCCUUUUCGUUUUCCGUUUACAACAUGGCAUCUUUUCUAGUUAAGUUACUAACAUCGCCACUAGAGUUGAACUUUUCAUCUUGUUUUUCGACCAUUUUGCGCUGUAGGAUACAUACAUCUAUCUUUGGAGAAACGUUUGUUUACUUGACGAAUUUACUUUAGACUUCGGCGGUGAAAUUCAUAUUAACCGUAUUUCGUAUUAAAAGUACUGAAUAACAUAGGAAAUCAUACUUUAUUUUCUGGGACUGUGAAAGUACUUCGCAUAAACGGGAAUUUUUUACCAAGCGGAUUCGUAUUAAUGAGGUUUGACUGUAUUUGUUUUCGAAAAAAAUUUCUAGAGGAGUCAUUUAGUUUUAUAGAAACAAUAGUAUCUUCUAAGUGUUUAUUAUAAACAUAAUUUUAAUAUUUUUGUGUCAAAAAUUUCAAUUCUUCAGUAAAGUUACUGAUGUAAUAUACAUUAAAUUAUAUAUAUUAUAUAUAUAAUACCAAUGUGUGAUGCACCAGUGUGAUUACCAAUUAUUUAUUAUCUGCUAUCAGUAUUCUUCUACCAGUUUCCAAGUUCAUUAACAUGUAGUACCUAUAUAAAAUUUUAGAUUUAUUCCUCAAAAUACUAUUCUAGUACAAAAACAUUCCCUAAUGUUCUCUUAUAACCUUGUGUGAUAAAAAUAAUUUUUGGUUUUUAUUUUUAACAUCUCAAAACUUAAACAAAAGCAGUAAACCAUUAUGUUUACAGACUUAAUUUUUUCCGCCUCUUUUUUUACUAGGCGUUAAUCAAAUAUUUAGCUCUACCAAAACAAAAUGCAAAAAAUUUCUAGAUGUAGAAUUUUUUUUCUUUUGGAAGUUUUCACAUUUUUUUAAUUUUCCCAACUAAAAAAACAAUGUUUUUUUAUUUUAUUGGUUAUAACAGUUAACUACAUUUCUAAUUUGAACCACACUAGUAUAAAAAAAUGGUUAGUUCAAGUUCUAUGUAUUUGGAAAUUGCUGGAUAUAAAUUUAAUGGUUGCCAGGGAAUUCUAAAACAAGCAAUUUUGGUAAGGAGCAUAUGUAUGAAAGCACAAAACUACAAAGUUACAAAUGCCAGCAGUAGCAUGCAAAUUUUGAUUUUGCACAUAUUAGGCAACACUCAUUGGCUGAGAGAAUGCAUGAUUACAGCACCGAGACAUUUAAACGCUCGCAGGAAGCAGGUGACAAGCCGGGUGCAAAUGUUUAGAGUUUGCCAUAUGCUGUAGUAAGCAGCAUUCUGGUAUGCAGAACUCUGUGUGAUAUGAAAUUACCAGUUUCAGGCAGUUGCUGGUUCAGAUGUAUGAAGGUCUUACAUGCAGGCCACAUCGCCCAUCUCUACGAAUGUAGAAUCUACCAUCCCAUUGUUCGUUAAUUAUGUAAUCAUAGCACCAUACUCACUAAACCGUCAACACUGCGCUAAUCGCCCCGAGCCAAGCAUGUAAACUGGCCAUAAACAACUGUCCAUUGUGCUGCAUACCAUGCUACUGGUUGCUAGUGUGUAUGGCUGACUGUAGAUGUCUGCACCCGGCUCAUCGCCUGCUUCCCACGGAGCAUUUGAACAUCACUGCGCUGCGAUUGCGCAUCCUCUCAACCCAUGUAGUUUUGCCCAAUGCGUGCGAAAUUCAAAUUGGCACACUACUGUCAGUGCCUGUAACUUUGCAUUGUUGUGCAUUCGUACAUAAGUUUCUUUUUAAAAAAAAAUUGCUUGUUUUGGAAUUUCUUGCUAGCCAUUAAAUUUACAUCCAGCAAAUUCCAAAUGCUGUGUGUGUGCCUGACUGUGUAUGUGUGCGCAUGCAUGCAUUUGGGGGGCGGGGAGGGGGGGUUUGUGCAUGUAGGGAGCGUGAAUUGGGGAGAGACGUAACAAAGCAUUAAUUGGAUGCACAGAAAGCUCGACAUUGGUGCUUCUUUCAUUCCUUAAGAGUGUUUUCGAGUAAACUGAAGAUAACAGAUAGUUUAGUUGCAUUUUAAUUUUUUCUAAGGUUUUAAAACUUCUCAUUUAUAUUUUAGGAUUGAUGAAGAUGGCUUCAGUUUGCUAGCCAUGUUGAAAUUACUAGAGAGAGGCGUAAAGCUACUCUGCACUUCAACAGUUUUUGAAAGUUAACUGAGAUAAUGAAAGCAAUCAAGUAAUUUGAAGACAAACACUUGGGCAGUGGUGCUCGAAGCAGAAUGUCACACACCAUGAUCACUCUGUGGCAUGACUGUACUGAUAAGUACUUACAUACUCAUGAACUUGCUAUACAUUUACUGCACAUUACUGUACAUUUGCUGCUCGCUAAUUCAGUUGGUCCAUAAAUCUGGCAAUAAGAACAGGGUCCCAUUCCAAAAUAAAGGUCAACCUUUUACUAACUUACAAAUUACUAAAUUUGUCAAAAAUUUGAUUUCUACUCCACAAUAUGUUUGGCAACACCUGUACAUUUCAUACAUAUUUUACAAGUGAAUUGGAGAAAAUACAAGUUGGGAAGUUUUAAUUGUGCAAGUUGACAAAUAAAAUUUAAAGUCUGCUGUUAGAACUUUAUAUGAUGUUUUGUUGGUUUUGAAUAUAGAGUUUUAUGUUAUGCCUUCAGCAAUAAAAUUUGCUAAAUACAUUAAAAUAUCUGUGUCAAUUAGUUAACAGGAAUGCGAAAUUUCUUUGUAGGCUUUGCAAUAAGGACGUGAUUCCACCUUUUACAGUUUCAAGUUUCAAUUGUCGUUCUAAACAUUUCAUAUUUUGCUGAUCGCUCUCAACUGAAAUUUUAAGUUUGCCUUAAGAAAUUUUUUAUAGGUGUUGAUAAUUGAUUUUAUAUCAACCUAAGAAGAAGCUAGCACUAAAACUAAAAUAAAAGUUUCUUGUCACUAGUGAAAUAUGUAUUUAACUUGGGACUUAGUAUAUUUUACAUGUUCUUGUUUAUAACAGUUAUUGUAGAACAUGUGUGUGCUUGUAAAUGAACUAAAAAUGUAGUUUUAUUAUCAAUGUAACAACUAGUAGCUUAGCUGAUGCUGAUUUUUCUGAAGUAUUGUAAGACAAAAUUUGAGGAGUUACAAGUAAUUUCAUAAAUAUGGUUAAAUUAGUUAACAAUCCAUUGUGCAUUAGGGCUCAGGUCUGUCGUCUCUGUAAUUAGGUGGUAUUAUCAGGACUUCCCUGUACAUGCAUCUUUUUUUGAUGGUGUAAUCACUCAUAGAUAAUCCAUUGUAGUUUUAACACACAGGUGGACUAGACCACCAGGACACAAUUAGAUGUCCUUGCAUCCCUUUGCCUUUAGAGUGAACAACACUUAUUAUGUGCCCAAAUGGUGCCCUCAUGGAGUACUCCACUGACUUAACUCCACCACCCUCAUACUAUGGCCAGUCCACCUCUGAAUACCAACUUUGUACUAGUGCAGUAAUGGCAGUGCAGCAUUUUAGUGUAGGUUUAGAAACUAUUUUAUUAUUGUCUACUGUGGGCUCUUAUUUAGGCUAUAAUUUUUUUCAUGUUCAUAAACAUUUUCAUAGUUGAAAUAGUUUUUGUUAUGGUUACAGAAAAAUUUUGUCUAGGAAACAAAUAGCAACCAAAAAAAAAUACAAUCAGUAGUUAAGAGUUUAAAAUAAGGGCAAAAAAUAUGGACCUGUUAAGAAAGGUAUGGUCUGCAUAUUAUUAGUGAUAUGUAGUUAAUAUUUCCUGUACCAAUUGUCAUAUUUUUCUUGCCAUCCUAACAAGUUUAUAUCUGUAUCUCUACACCUCGGUUUUAUUCUGUCAUGUCAUAGCUUUCGCAGGGAAUAAAUUUCCUCAUAAUAGGGAAUUAAGAUAUUAAAAAAAGUUAUAUAUAGUUUUAUUCUUGGUUCAGUUUCAUUUUUAAAAUGAAAUAUUUUCCUUGUUACAUUAGAGCAAACUCUAUACAAAAAGUUUGGUACCUGCACCAUUUUGGAAUAUAUAAAUUUUCUGAUAGUAAACAAAGUUUACAGGUACAGAAAUACAGAAGUCUUAUUCUCUAAAAUUGAUAUUACAUUAAUUGUACUUAUUCAUGAUUAAACAUCAAUUUGUUUAUAAAACAUCACCACACACAUUUUUGGCAUCUGUAAAACAAAACUCACCAUCCCUAGAUGAGUUCUGCUGUAGUGUAUCAAAGCUGCUACGUGAAGUCACUGCAUUGCCGUGAUGCUUAGUGGAAAGAAUAUAUUGUAGAAAGGCACUUCCAUGCAUGCCCAUUGGCUUUUCACCAAUAUGUGGUCGCUUCAUUUAUGGAUAGAGUUCACAAUGAGUGAUAGUAAAAUAUUUAACAUUUCUUAAAAAAAAAAAA